AUGAAGAGGUCAUUUUCUGAAGAUACAAAUCCGGACCAUGAUUUACUACAUGGAUCUACUUCACAAUUAGAUUCGACUCCCCCGAUCAGUAAACGUUUAAUUUCAGCUGCAUCAGAGCCUAUAUCAUUCAUCCGAAUCUCAUCCUUGGAGGAACUUGAUAAGAGAGCAUUACAGCUUCAAAAUAAAAAACUAUGGGAAGCGUUGAUGGAACGUCGAGCUGCCAUUGCUGAAUUGAAGGAACGUAUUGAACACCUAGAAAAUCGCCAAACUAAGGAUGAUGCUUUACUUUGUGUAGUCAAUCGUUACUGGAAUCAGCUCGAUGAAGAUAGCUUGAUUAUACUUCAGCGUUUUGAUUCGGAUGCUGAGGAAGAAAUUUCAACAUCUACAGAAUCAUUUCUCAAACAAUUGGCUUCAUGGGACAAGGAAGAAGUUCCAGAAAAGCUUCAAGAACGAGUGCAUUUUUCCAAGCGUAUUAUUGCACGCCUCUUAUCUGCCUAUGAAAAAAUGGUUACUCACCAGUUUCGUUUGCGUCAACUGCUUGGGAACACUACUGAAACCGCAUCAGUUUCUGUUGGAUCUGAAAUUAGUGAUAAUAUUUUACCUAUUCAUUCCAGUUCAUCGGCUCCUCAUGGCACACAAAACUCUGAUUCUGAAGGUAACAAUCAAUCAACUAGUUCAUCUCAGGAGCCUGCUUCAACAACGUGCAGCAGAUCUGGUGCAGUAGAUUUGCACGAGGAAAUAACACUUUUAAACAAGGAAAAUCUUCGUCUCCAAAGCCUUUGUACAAAUUUGCAUUCUAAACAUCGACAAAGUAGUCUUCGCCUUCGUGAACUACAAGACUUAGCUCAGACGAAUAGUGACGCGUCAGCGGAAUGGCAAGCUAAGUAUGAGGAUUUAGAUUAUAAACUUGCGGAAGCAAUGAAACAAGUUACGCGUUUAGAUCAUCCUCUCAAAUGCUCAGACUCUCCAGGUCGUGAAGAUCCUUCAAAUAUUGAUGGAUCAAUUACACGGAAUAAAUAUAAUGACUUGGCUUGUGAACUGGAAGAGUACCGUGAGUUGGCAAAUAAUCGUAUAAAUGAAUUAGAGCGCCUUCAACGUCACUUGGAAGACAAAGUUGCAGAAUGUGCUUCAUUGAAUAUGCAAUUAAGAGAUAUUCCCGAGCAUAUUAUCACAGAAUCUCCUCAAUAUUUAUCCUUAAAAACUCAAUUCAAUAUUCUAUAUAAUGAAGCUAUCCAACUAAGAAGUCAGUUAGAGGAAGCUAGAAGUACUAUUCAGAAUAACAGACAUAAUCAUCUGAAACAGAUAGAAGAGAUGGAGGCAAAUGAAGCAGCUAUACAGAAUCAGAUGCGAUCUGAAAUGCUUCUCAUUGAAGGGCAAUACUCUCAACUAAGGCACAAAUAUGAAACUAUGGAAUUGGAUUUCAAGCAAGCAUUGACGCAUAACGAACAAGCUGGUCCUAUCAGUUGCGAAAUGCGUAGUCUAAUUUCCACACUACAAACACAAAACAAACAACUAAAAGCUGAAGUGACUCGUUAUCGUAGAAAAUGUGAAGAAACUGUACAGGAACGUGAAAUGAUACGUGCGGAUUUGAAAUGUACAGAGGAUGAGUUAAUUCGUGUCCGUACGGCGCUUUCUGAGGCAACUGCAGCUGUUAUUACUGCAUGUGAAAAGUCAGAUCAGUCGACACCAUCAACCCCCCAAAGCUCAAAUCUACCUCAGACAUCAGUAACAAUGCCAGAUGUUGGAUCACCAACUGCUGAUCCAGAAUUGAGAGCAAAAAAUUCAAUUCCUAUAAAAGUGGAGGAAAAUGUUAAGUAUAGUUCUCCAAGUUCAUCUACUGCUCGAUCUGGCACAUGCUCCGAAAAAGUUUUGAAAACUGAAUCUACUCCCGACUUUCGUUGUAAUGUCUCGUGUUCUUCGCCGUCCAAUGAGAUUAUUCGUGAUUUAAAAGAACAACUGAAGCGUUCACAAGAAUCACAAAAAGAAAUGUCUGUACUACUCAACAUGUAUAAAGUUAUUCCAAAAGAUCAAAGAGAUAAAGCAGCACUUCUUCAGUGCGAAGCCAAGCUGCGGGGUGAACUGGCUGAUGCCAGAAAUGAAAUCGAUAAACUUCAUGCAACUAUCAAAGAUCUUCAAUCGCAACAAACGAAGAUGCAGCAACAGCGGAAGUCAACGUUAACAUCUCCUAUUGAGCCCAAUUUAAAAAUGUCACCUGCUGAACGUUCACUCACUUCCCAUGGAAAUAUUCCACUAUCUCCUUCGAAAACAUGUAAGACUGGGUUGGUUUCUCCUGAAGAAAAAAGCUCGAGUAUAUCUGGAUCUCUGCCGAUCACGUCUUGUGGAAAAUCUAAAAUUUCUGCUUCUGAUUGGCAAAUAUCAGAGUUGCAAAUGGAACUGUAUAUAGUUCGACGUAAAAGUCAAUCUGUUGAGGAGCAAUUAAAACUUCACCAACAACGACUUGUAGCUGCCAAGCAACAAGAGGAUGUACUAUUGAAGGAAAUGGAAAUUACUGUUCAAGCAUUUGAAGAUGCACAAGAACAAAACGUUCGUCUUGUUAAAACAUUACGAGAAAAAGAUGAUGCUCACCUAAAGUUAAUGGCAGAAAGAAUGAAAACUGCUCAACUUGCUCGUUUACUGAAGGAAGACAAACAGCUUUUGGAAGAACAGAUACGUCUGAUGCAAGCAAAAAUCGAAGCGUUAAACCGUGCAGUUCUAAAACAGGAAGAGAAAGAACGUUUAUUGUUAACCAAUUUAGCAACCUUAGAGAAAGAGGCAUCAGCUAGACAAAAGUCACAGGAAGCCUAUAAACGAAAAGCUCUGGAAAGUCAACAAGUCUCUGAAGACUUAAAAGUCACUGUUCAAAAGUAUCAAAGUCAACUAAAAGAUGCUCAAACUACUGUUCAGGAGAAAGCGUCCGCUUUUGAACGCGUUUCUUUCGGUCAUCAGCGUUUACAAGAAGAACUUGUCACUGUGCGCAGAAAAUACGAACGGUUACGCAAGAUCGAACAGUCUCAUAAUGCUGAUGAAUUUUUAUUGGCUGAAAUUCAAGAUUAUAAAGAGCAACUUACAUGUCCAACGUGUAAAAUCAACAGAAAGGAUGCUAUUCUAACUAAAUGUUUCCAUGUGUUCUGUUUGAAUUGUCUAAAAGUUCGGUAUGAAACACGAAAUCGUAAAUGUCCAAAGUGCAAUGCAACAUUUGGUGCCAACGAUUAUCAUCGUAUAUACCUUACCUAA